UCAAAGCAGAGGUGAAAGGCCCGCAGAGCCAGGACAUCACAGCUGUGUUCCUGACCACUCUAUUUCUCCAGCUGGUGAGAUCCCAAGGCACAGAUCCCUCAAAAAUGAGCGAGGAGAGAGUGACAUACAUGAACCUGAAAUUACCCUAUUCGAGGAAACAGAAGGGUGAAAGAUGUCCAAUGAAUAGAAGGAGAGAAUUUCCAUGGCAUAUUGUUGCAUUAUCCCUGGGAGUUAUAUGUGUUAUCUUCCUGCUGACAAUCACAGGCUUAAUAAAUAUGCUUUUUCAGAGGUGUUCUGGAAACACAAUGCAAGAUAUGAAAGACAUAAAAGACAAAAAUGCUUCCUUUGCAGAAUUUGAAGGUCACUUAAUUUUACCAUCUAUUACAGAUAAAGACUAUAUCAGUCUUGAAGAAAAAAUGUCCUGCUGUGGAAGAAGCUGUUACUAUUUUUCAAAGGAAGAGAAGACUUGGGAGAGGAGUAAGGAGUCAUGCCAAGACAUGCGUUCUAGUCUCAUAGGGAUUGAUAAUAAAGAGGAGCAGAACUUCAUUCAAUCAAAAAUAAAAUACAAUUAUUGGAUUGGAUUAUAUAAAGUAGGAGCUAAACAUCCCUGGAAGUGGCUGGAUGACACACUCUUAUCUCAGAUGGUGCAUCUCCAACAGAAUUUACCAGAUAUAAAAUGUGGAUUCCUCAACUCAUCAAAUAUUUUUAGUGCUGAUUGUAGUAAACGCUUUCGUUACAUUUGUGAAAAGGAGUUCACUGGCCAUGAUAAUUAA